AUGACGAAAAAAUGUUGUAUUCCUACAUGUAAAGUUGAAAGUGAUCAACCGGAAGGACGUGAUUUAACUUUUCAUACAGUUCCAAAUGAUAUGAGGGAAAAAUGGACUGAAUUGUUGCAAACACAAUGUAACGUGGAAUUAAAAAAAUAUUCUUAUAUAUGUAGUUUACACUUCCAACCGGGUUGUUUUUACUAUAGUGGCUUAUGUAAAAAUAGAAGAUUGAAGAAAGGAUCAUGUCCUACAUUAUUUGGUGAUAAAUUGAAUACUCAAUUAGAUGACCAAUCUGGAGAAAUUCAAGCAACUGAUAAUCAUGACGAAGAUGAUACGACGUUUAAUGUAUCAGUGGAAGCAUCAUCACCAUCCUCUUCAGUAUAUUACUCAAUAGAUUAUGACAUUACUGGAACGCAAAAAGUAAAUAAUACUGAUUUAAGUACUAGUGAAAAAUUUGAAAAUAAUAGUACGAAUACCAAAGAAAGAAAAUCAAUAUUACAUAUGGACUUGGAUUCUUUGAAUAUUUCUGGAGAAGCCAAAAAACUUCUUGAGAAGGCAAAAGAAGAAGUACUUGGUCUUCGCAGGAGAAACCGUCAGCUACAGAUGAGGUUAUACCGCAGCAGGAAAGGAGUAAAGAGUGCUACAACCUUAUUUACUCACAUGAAGAAGCGUAAACUUAUUAGUGAGAAUUUACAUAACAUACUCGAGGCCAAGUUACCAUUAAGAAAAAUAUCUGCGAUGUCUUCUGCAUUUGGUGGGCAAGGAAUGAAGCAAUGCAACUGCAAAAAAUAUUCCAAGGGACAAUGUUUAUCUAAUAAGUGCAAUUGUAAAAAAGAAUUCUACGAAGGUUUAUAA